UCUCGCUUGCUUAUUUUCCGAUUGUGUCGUGAAAGUUUUUGAUGAUUUUAAUGUAUAUAAAUUAGUAAUUAACUCGCAUUAAGUAUAUUUUUAUGCAAUUACUGUGAUAUAGUUAAUUGAAGUAAUGGAACUACAAGACACGUACUAUAAUAAAUCUGAAUAUGUGGAAACGGCUUCUGGAAACAAAGUUAGUCGGCAGACAGUGCUUUGUGGAUCACAAAACAUAGUCUUGCAUGGCAAAGUUAUUGUCCAGAGUGAUGCUAUAAUACGAGGAGACUUGGCCAACGUAAAAACCGGAAGAUUCUGUAUCAUAAGCAAAGGAUCAGUUAUACGACCGCCCUUCAAAAAAUUCAGUAAAGGAGUGGCUUUCUUCCCACUUCAAAUGGGCGAUCAUGUGUUUGUAGGAGAAAAUACUGUGGUGAAUGCUGCUGUUGUUGGAUCUUACGUUUAUAUUGGUAAAAAUGUAGUUAUUGGCCGUAGAUGUGUGUUAAAAGAUUGCUGUAUGAUUGAGGACAAUUCAGUGUUACCGGCUGAAACAGUUGUGCCUGCAUUUGCAAGAUAUUCUGGCAGCCCUGCAAAAUUAAUCACAACACUUCCUGAAGCAAUGCCUGAUCUCAUGACCGAAUUUACAAAGAGUUAUUACCAACACUUCCUACCAACUACUGUAAAUUAGAAUUUCAAUGUUUAUGCUAUAUUUAUUCGUUCUAAACCUGUAAUUAUGUAAAAACAGGAAUACAACACUUUACAACCCUAGAAUGAAAAUAAAUGAAGAUCAAUAUGCAGUUUAUGAGAAAUUAACUGAAAUAAGAUGAAAUCUAUAUCUUUAAAUCUCUGGAUUAAUGAAAUAGACCUGUUUAAUUUUAAGUUAGGUCUCUUUUUCUUCAUAGGAUAUGAAAGCAUACUUAAUAAGGUAAAUUUAUAAAAAAAAACCACUUUCAUUCUGACAAUAUGAUUUGAGCAGCUUUGCAAAGUAUGCUAACAAUUUCACCUUUUUCAAAAGUAACAUUUGUAGUUUGAAAUCCAAUGUUGUGUAAUUUAAUGGUACAAAGGUAUGAUUUUAAAAAUGUAUAUCGCUUACAAACUAAAAACUAAUAACACAUUUGAUUUAAUACUAUGUUAAAAUAUAAUUUAUUAUAAUAAAUGUGCUGUUUCCUUUCAUAUUUUGUAUAUUAACCAUCACUACAUAGUAUAAAAUAAAGUCGCUUUCUCUGUGUAUGCUUAAAUCUUUAAAACUGUGCUAUGGAUUUUGAUGCAGUUUUUUUUUUCAUAGAUAGGGUGAUUCAAAAGAAAGAGUUAUAUGUAUAAUACAAGACCACACAGGCGAAGCCGCUAACAGGAAGCUAGUUUUAUAAUAAAAAUGCUUUAUUAUUUGGAUUACUAUGUCAUUAAUUAUUAGAAUACAUAUUGUUUUUAUCAUAAUAGGCAUACAUGAAAAGCAUACAUUUCAUACAUUGGAAAGAAAAAUUAGGAGAGUUUUGUUGUUAUAAUAAUUUUAUAACUCUUAUUUUGUUAAUUUAUUGAAAAAUAAUCAAUUUAUAUGUAAAUAUUGAUGUAUACGAAAAAUUUACGUAAUAUUUUUUUUUUUUAGAGAAAGUAAACAUAGAUUGCUAAUAGGGUAUUCUUUCUUUUUGAAGUAAUACCUGUUAGUGUUUAUUUUAAUGAUGAAGUAUUAAAAAAAGAUAGCACAAAAAGCACCUCCACUAGAUGGCGACUCUAGCAAAAGGUGAUUUUUGCAGGAAACAAAUGGACUGAAAAAAAAAUCCGUUCCUUUUAACUGACAAUGAUUAAAAAAAAAUGGAAAUUUGCAAAGUUCGAAACAAAUAUUAUAUGAGAUUUUUAUUGAAUUUUAAAACUAAUAUACUUUUAUACAUGAAAGAAAACCAGAAGGGUUGUCAUGGAGAAAUCAAGAAAGUACCAUAGCGACAUCUAGUUUGUUUUGAAAAAGCCAUAAAUCAAAUAUUUCGCAAAAAUAAACGCGUUUUCUUGGCUUUAAAUUAAAUCAAUAUUUAAACUGUUUUAUACCUGCGAAAACGCUGUCCAUCAUAUUCCUGAUGUCAUUGUGAUAUGUACACAAAUCACAUGCAAAAUGUAGAAUUGUAGAAUGUUAAAAGAUGACAAUAAAAUAAAAACAGUGCCAUCUAACGAUUGAUUACAAAAUAAAAAGAUGUAAAUAAGCUAAGAACAACGCCAUGUAUGAAUUUGAUUUAUAGGCAUAUCUUCAUGACUAAUCUGACAGCUAUCGCCACAGUGACGUCACACAAUGGCUAGCAAACAAAAUUUUAAGACUCAAAAUUAGAACCUUUAUGUUUAUUAUAAUAUAUUUUUAGUUUUUGUACGAUUUUGAAACUACCCUAUUCCAUAUAAUAUACGCAGAUUCCGCGACGAUAGUUUGUGGUAUCAUGGAAAAUGGUCCCUGAGGGCUAAAAGGCUUAGAACCACUGGGUUACAUGAUGGUUAUAUGAUGACUUGAUGGUACAGUCAAUACAAUAAUAAUAAAUUUGUUAAAAUAUCUAAAAAUUCUUCACAUGAUUUGAAGCCCUAUAAAGUUUUAAAAUGGUCUGAAAAUUGACAUUGUGGCUAACUGACAUGCCGCCGUGUGUACAUACAUUUUUCCAUGAGGGACCUUUCAUUGGGAUAAAAUUCGAAUAUUAUAAAACUCGUUCAGUAAUUAUUUGAAUGAAAAUCUAAAAAACGUUACGUACCCAUCUUUUUAAAAUUUUGCAUUUAUAAUAUUAGUAGUAGGAUAUUGAGUGAGUGAAACAGUAAAGUACAACCAUCGAAGAUUUUUACAACACUUAAAAAUAGAUAUUUCUAAACUAAAAUAAUUUAAAAUAAAAAAAGAAAUGUCUUUUUAGUUGACAGUAGAUCGACCAAUCCGUACAACACAUGGUUACUUUUUUAACCAAUAGGCG